AUGUUUAGAUCGUUAACAAGAAGUUUCCGAGCAUAUUACCCUGCCCUUCGCUCUCUUUCCAGAACUACGCGGUGGCAACAGUUGAAACCAGUAUAUCCAGUGAGUAAAUUUUCCAGAAGUUUCCAGACUACAUCAUUUGCACAGCAUGGCCACUUGAAACCACCGAAGAAGGGAGAGGAACUUCACAUAACAUUCAUCCUUAAAGAUGGAACACAGAAGACAUUUGAGGUUGCUGAGGGAGAUAGUAUUCUGGACAUUGCACAGGCCAACGGCUUGGACAUGGAGGGCGCUUGUGGUGGUUCUUGUGCCUGCUCUACCUGUCAUGUGAUAGUGGAUCCGGACUUUUAUGACGAAAUUCCAGAACCUGAUGAUGAUGAAAAUGAUAUGUUAGAUCUUGCUUUUGGUUUAACUGAAACUUCGAGACUAGGCUGUCAGGUUCGAAUGACUAAAAAGUUGGAUGGAAUAAGAGUUGCUCUUCCUGCUAUGACAAGGAACAUGCAGAUGAAAGACUUCAAAAAGGAAUGA